UUACGAGAUAAGAGUCAGAGACGUUAGAGAUGGUGAGGAAACGUAAACCUUGGCCUAAAGAAAUAUAUGUUGCCGUUUUAUGAAUAUAACACGCGCGAUUGUAAGCACGUAAUUUAAGAAUGAUAAUGAAGCGAAGCAAUCAAAUCGCAUUCGUUUGUAUUUACUGACAGUUAUAGUAGAUGAAAGUGUAAGGAGCAAGUUUUUCGCGUAUUUACUAAGUGUGAAUAGGAAAAAAAAAUCUCGUUAUAUCGUGAUAAGAGUGACUUACUUAUCGCGAUCUACUUCACUGGAAGCAGAAUAAAGAGGAACAUGUGAAAUCUUUUUUCCAGUUUGAGGACAUUCGAGCUGAAACUGCAAAAGUUAUGUCGGAAGAAUCAACGUACUUUGAAUAUAAGUUCCCUAAGCAGUUCUCCAAGGAGAAGAUGGAGUUGGAGGCAAAAUUGGAUGAGAAAAAGAGAGAACUUCAAGAAAAGCAAAUGCAAAGAAAAAUACAUGAAUUACAGGAUAAAGUCAGGGAAUUAUCUCAAAUAGAAUCUCAAUUAGAAGAAAAAACACGGAGAUUGCAAACAUCCAACAAAGAGAGGGAUAUACUUGAAAAAGAACUCAUCACUACACGAUCGGAAUUGGCAAGCCUUAAAAGGACAUUAGAGUUAGAACGGCAGGAGAGAAGAGAGCUAGAGACUCGUGCGCUUGGACUAAUAAGAGAUGCAAAGCGCAAAUGGGAAAACGCAGAAAAAGAUAAAAUUGCGCAAUUAAAUCAACAUAUUGCAGCGCAAACUAUAAAAAUUACAUCGCUGUGUACAAGUAAUAAUGAAAUAAGUUCGCAAUUACAAAAAGCAGAAUGCGAUUUACAAACUGCAAAUGCAGAAUUGGACAAAUUGCGUAUAUUUCAAACGCAAUAUAAAGAAUCUUUGGCAAAAACACGGGAAUUAAAUCGACAAAGUGUUCAAGGUGUUGAAAUUAAGUUAGAGGAGAUAUCUGCGCGUGCUCAUAAUCAGCUGGCUGAUUUACGAGCGAAAUUAGAUUUUGAAACAGCAAAGAAUACAGAUCUAGAGACUAGAUUACGCAAUGAACAAGAUUCGAACCAUUGUCGCGAGUCAAGAUUAAAUGUUGCUUUAGAACUUGCUCAAAAUGAAUUAAAAGAUUGUCAAGAACAAUUGCGUACUAUACAAGCUACAUUACCAGCAAGAGAUGCUGAGAUUGAAACUUUGCGUAAACAACUGCAAGAGAAAGCAAAACAGAUAGAUGAUCUGAAAACAUCUGAACAAAUGCUCACAAGUUUACAAGAACAAUUGGAAAGAAUGAAUCUUGAAAACGAGCAGUUAAAACAGCAAUUGGAAGUUACUAAAUCUGAUCUAAAUGAAACUAUGAUAAACUUGGAACAAAGCGAGGCACUCGCUUUAAAUCUAGAACAAGCAGCACAAGAUAAAGUUACAUUACAAAAGAGAUUACAAGACUCCUUGAACAAAGAAGAGGAACAAUUGCGCAAAGUUUACAAUUUAGAAGAAUUAUUGAAACGUUUGGAACAUAGUGUUACAAAACUAGAAACAGAAAAUGCUAGUCUUAAAGAAUUAGAUCAAGCACAAGCUACAAAUUGUGCAAUUACUGAUACAAAGUAUGAAGUAAAUGCAAAGAUUGAUCAUUGGCAAGAAAAGAUAGAGAAACUAGAACAACAACUUCAAGCUUUAAGAGAAGAAGUGACAAUUGAAAAACAGACAGCAAAACAGGCUCAACUAGCUCUAUGGAAGAAAGAAAAGGAAUUAUCAGAUGCUAACUUGGAUAAACGAAUAGCUGUGAGGGAAAGUAAAAGAGCAGAAGAUAGAAUCAAAAUAUUGCAGGAAGAAAAACAGAAAUUACAAGAUAAAUUAAGUAGUAAAAUAAAGGAAGAAGAAGAAAAUCUUAAAAAGCUGUUGAAAGAAUUAGAUAUUGCAAAAAUGUCAUUAAAUGAUAUUACAAAAGAAGCAACUAGGAAUAAAAUGCAGGCUGAUUCAGCACAAAGGGCUUUGACACAAAGUAAUAGUCAGAUUGAAGAACUUCAAUCUUCGAGCGCAUCAUUACGUAGAGAGUUGGAUGCGGUUCGUAAGCAAAUGCGAUCAAAUCAAGAUCGAAUCGAUACUCUGAAUGCUGAGAAUAGACGAUUAACGCAAAUAGUUGCUAGACAUAACGGGGAAAAGACUGAACUCGAGUCUAAAGUCGCAAAAUUAGAGCAAGAUAUUAAAGGCUAUGAGUUAAAUAUCGAACUCUUAAAAGAAACUUGUACAGUCUUGGAGGAACAAUUGACAGAUUAUGAGAGAUUAACGAGCGAUCACGAAACGCGCGAAAAUAUGCUGAUUCAGGAUAAAAUGAAAUUACAGAAAGAUUUGGAAGCCGCUGAAACAAAAGUCCGCGAAGCACGUAUCGCGCAAAACGAAGAGAAAACGCGAAGAUUAGCCGCCGAACAUAAUUUCGAGCAAUUAGAAUCUGAAACAAGUGACAUAGAAAGUGAAAGAAACAGCCUUAUCGCUCAGCGGGAUCAAUAUAAGAAACUCGCUCAAGAGCUUAGCGCGCAAAUAGAAGAAUUAACAACGAGAUGUGGUGAAAUGGAGUACAAUCUCUCGGAAAUGAGUCGCGCCUUAGAAGCCGCUAAAGCAGAAUCGAGAAUCGUGAAAGAAGAGAGCAGUGACUAUUUGACGAGAGUGCAUGAAUUGAGAGAAGUAAAUUCCGAGCUUAUGGCCGAUCUACAGAUUAAUGUGGAUCAAUCCCAGGAACUAAAGUCGAGAAUAGUAGAAUUAGAGAACGUCUUGGAAGAGAUGAGACAGUUUUAUCAAGAAAGAGAGGUAAAAGCCGAAGGUACUCGGCAACAGCAGACUAAAUUAAUCGAUUAUUUACAAUCGAAAUUGGAAGAAUGCAGUAAAAAGAAGAAGACUAUGUGUGACAAAAUACUCGGCAAGCAGAAAGAAAAUAUGCCUCCCGUGAGUACAAGCAUGCCCGUAGGAUAUCGUGAAUUGGAGAAUCAACUAGCUAGAGAACGGGCAAAGGUGAAAACAUUGACAGAUCAAUUAUUAAUUCAGAAGGCUAAAAGUACUUCCAUUUCUGCAUCUGCACCUACUUCGCCUACGUCAAUUACAGAAUGCGAAAACAAGAGGAUGAAAGAUGUCACAGAGAUUAGCAGUUCAUUAAUGAAACGAUUAUCUCCACAAAGGAUAGGACACAACAUUCCGCAUAGAUUCAAUGUAGGCUUACCUAUGCGCGCAGGAAAAUGUGCAGCGUGUCCAAAAACUAUACAAUUUGGAAGGCGCGCUGCGACCUGCAGCAGAUGUCAAAUUAUGACGCAUUUAGAAUGCGCAGUAUCCGUACCUGUGACUUGUGAUUUACCGAAUGAUUUUCCAAAUUAUUGUCAUAAAGUUGUUGGAGACAGCAAUGACAGCUUAUCCUCAAUAGGAGAUAGUGUCCAGGCAUUGGCGAUAGAUCAGCCGGACAAACCGGAAGAUGUGAAUUCGCAAAAUGUAACAAAGCAAAACGAAAAUGAAAUUCCUAUGGAAGGAUGGGUGAAAGUGCCCGGUAGAUCGAAAUCUUGUUGGGAGAGAAAAUACUUAAGGUUGGAAGGAUCAUGUUUGUGCGUUUACGAACAUCAGCCGUGUGCAGGGAUGAUACCGAUCAGCCGUUUAAAUUUAACGGAAAACAAUGAUUUUAAUGUUUCCGAGACGGUACAGCAUCCAGACGUAUCAGGAACGGCAAGAUCCGAUAUCCCGUUCAUCUUUAGAAUCGAAUCAAAUUCCGCAACGACUUGUUGGCCUUCAUCUAGAUUGGACGUUAUGGCUCUAAGUCAAAUCGACAAGAGAAAUUGGUCUAAAGCUUUAAAGGCUAUUACCAAUCAAAAUUCACAUGCUGUAACCAAAUGUAAAAAAUAUCAAACUAUGCUCAGAUUAGAAAAACAUCAGUUGGAUUUGAACUGCGUUGUUGAUUUGGGUAUGGAAAAUAUGCUUUUGUUGGGCGCAAAAGAGGGUCUAUUUUCAUAUUGCGCUUCUAAAUCUCAAACACUCACUACUAUACGUGGAGUCAAACAGAUACAUCAGCUCUCUUUACAUCACCAUUUGGAUUUGGCUCUAAUGAUCGCUGGUGAAUAUAGAGAAUUAGUGUACUGCAACUUGCGACUAUUAAAAAAUAAUGCAUUAGCUGCCGAUUGUUCUAAACCAGCGAUUAAUACGAAGAGCGUAUUAUCUACUUCCGAUAGUUGCCAUCUGUAUCAAUUACAGGGCGAGAUAUUGUGCGCCGCGACUGCAUCUCAUGUGAUACUGUUUAAAUGGAGAAUCGAAGAAGAUUCGGGAAUGUUUGUCGGACUUCGUGAGCUUGAAACUCAGGAGCCUUGCAGUUGUGCCAUAUUUACAUCAAAUCUUCUUAUUAUAGGAUGUCAUAAAUUCUUCCAGAUUGAUUUGCAAACUUAUAGUGUAGAUGAAUUCCCUGAAGAAGACAAUAGUUCAAUUAAAGCAGCUCUUACGGGUGCAGCUAAGCUUGGCAUAUUUCCAGUUUGCGUUUUGAAUAUUUCUAAUACAUGCGGCACGGCGGAGCUUCUAUUAUGUUACAAUGAAUUUGGUGUAUUUGUGGACGAAAAUGGCAGAAGAACUCGCGCCGUUGAUCCAGUAUGGAACCAUUUACCGUUUGCUUUUGCAUUUUGCAAGCCAUAUUUAUUUAUUAUUCAUUUCUCGUCUGUCGAAAUUGUAAAACUCGAUGCACAAGCGUACAAUUCGUCGGAAGAAAGUCCUGAACGUAUGUUAAUCGAAUUAUCUAGUCCACGUUAUCUAGGUACGGCGGGCUCGAAAGGAAUUUAUGUAGCGACUAUAAACUCUUAUCUUGAAUUAUUGAGGAUUGAUGGUUUUUCCAAUGUGCAAACGUUGAAUGGCAGUUUAACAAGUCUGGACACAUUACCUCAAGAAGAUGAAAGUAGUUCGGAAUUCAGUUUUACGUCGAGUUUAAUGGAAACUUUAGAUGGACAAGGAAGAAAAGUACAUUUUGGCGGAGUGCACAAAUAUUGAAGUAGGUCUUUUAUAUGAUUUAAUUUCACAAUACUAUUUUUUGGUUUAUUAGAAACUAGUAAUUUGUGUGUAUGAAAAUGCAUUCAUAGCAAUCAUUAUGAAAAAAAUAUUUGUAUUCUAUAGAGAAAGUAAGAAUCGAGUAGAAAAAUAUUUAAUUUUAAAUUAUAUUCUCUCAUCGUCUUUCUCUUUAAUAGAGAAUGUGAAUACGUAAAAAAAAUAGAGGCAAAAUGUCAUGAUAACGAUCUCAAUCUCUUGCCACGUUAUUAACUUUCUGAUCAGUUAGUUGAGUUUAUUUUCCAUAUGUGCAACU